GAUGAAAUUCACCUAUUUUAAAAAAUGCCAAAUGGCUACCAAGCUCUUCUUCUUCCACACGCAAACGACGUCGUUGUGGAAGCCAAGAAGGUUGGACGACAGCGUGGUGACAGCACUGUGCAAGUCCUUCAGAGAGGGACGAAGCUGGGAAAGCAUAACCCAGGAGUUCCGCUCCCUGCACCUAAACGACUCGUCGGUCGAACACGUCCUGUCACAACUCACCGACGCAAAAGCCGCGUUGCGCUUCUUCCACUGGGCCGCAAAACGCAACAACGACAACAACACCUUCCAUCACACCACUCGCUCUUACACCAUCACAAUAAACCUCUUACUAACGUCAAACUCACUCACCGACUCGCGCGCACUCCUCGAAUCCCUCGCCACUCGCAACACAGAUCCAGGCGCCGCACGUGCGGUGGCGGCUUCUCUUCUCGACACGUAUCACGCGGUUUCAACCUCCGUCGCUCUUCUUGCGGUUAACCUUUUAAUUCAAACCUACGCGAAGGCGAAGUUAACGGACGUCGCCUUCGACCUUUGCCGUUACGUCGAAGAAGAGCGUGGAUUCUCCUCCUCCGUCAGCGUCGUUAGUUUCAACGUGUUGCUUCACGCGCUUCAGAGAUCUGAGAAGUGCGGCGGUUCCGUUUGGGAGGUUUACGAGUUCAUGAUUCGGAGAAGGGCUUACCCUAACGCGACGAGUUUGAGAAUAAUGAUCGAUGCGAUUUGCAAGGAAGGUGAAUUGCAGAAGAUUGUUGACACGGUGGAUCGGAUUAUUGUAGGGAAUAAUGAUUGUUCUCGUUCUCGUUUUCGUUCUCCUGCGAUGAUUGUGAAUUGCGGUUUGAUGUUGAGGAUUUUGGGGAAGGGACGCGUGGCGAAAUCGGAGAGCGAUGAUGUGGUGGUUUUGCUGAAGAGGCUGUUGCAGAAGAAUUUGCUUCAUGAGAAGGUUGUGUAUUCUCUGGUUGUUCACGCGAAGGUUGUGUUUGGGAAUUUGGAUUAUGCGUGGGGAUUUUAUUUGGAGAUGGUGCAGAGAGGGUUUGAGGGGAAUGCUUUUGUUUACACAUUGUUUAUUGGAGCGUUUUGCAGAGAGGGGAGAGUUGGCAAGGCGAUUGGUUUGUUGCGUGAGAUGCAAGGAAAGGGGUUGAGGCCUUACGGGGAGACGUUUGAGCACAUUGUCGUUGGUUGCGCUGCCGCAGAGGAUUCAGAGCAGUGUGUGAGUUUUUUUGAGGAGAUGGUGAGGGUUGGGUUUGUGCCUGCUUGUAUGGUGUUUAAUAAGGUGGUGGAGAGGCUGUGUGAGAAGGGGAAAGUGGAGAAGGCGAAUGGAAUGCUGACUGUGUUGUUGGAGAAAGGGUUUAUGCCAAAUGAUGUUACUUAUGCUCAUUUGAUGCAGGGUUAUGCUCGAAAGGAGGAGGUUCAGGAAGUUUUAAAGUUGUAUUAUGAAAUGGAGUACAGAUGUGUGAGUCCUGGAUUGUCGGUUUUCGGGACGAUUGUUCAGUGUUUUUGUCGUUGUGGGAAGGUUGAAGAUGCAGAGAAGUAUUUGAGGAUUAUGAAAGGGCGUUUGGUGAGGCCAGAUGUGAGUGUGUACCAGGCGUUGAUUGAUGGAUACAUGAAGAAGGGGGAGAGUGCUAGGGCUCUUCACCUUCGUGACGAGAUGGCUUCUUUGGAGGUGUAAUGUGACAUUGUUGUUGUGCUAAAGAGUGGUGAAAGGAAGGUAGUGCUUGUUGUUUGGUGACAUGGCAUUUUCUGCGAUGUAGAAUGCCAAAUUGAUGAUAUAGAUAUGUUAUUUCCUGAAACAAAAUGCUGCAUCAAGAACAGUGGAAAGUUGUGAAAUGUGGAAUGGGCUGAUAUUUAUAAAUUAGAUGUCAUGAUGCAGGUGCUUGGCUAUUAUUAAGGUUUUACUCAUUUCAGAAGUGAUUUUGGGAAAAUUGAUUGGAAGAGUGUGAGAAGUUGUUAAUGUAUGUCUAAACGUACAGAUAAAGCAGGGAGGUUUAGAGACUUUGGGCAUCCUGAGUAUGCAACGGAAGAGGCAACACAAAAUGUUAUAGAAGAAUGAUCCACAAAUAGUAUUUUGCUGGAGAAGCCAUUGGAAGCUAAUUGAUACAGUUCUAAAGUAUGCAAAGGAAAAUAUUAAUAUUUAUAAAAAAGGAAAAUAUUAAUCAUGUGCUAAGGGGUUGCUUUCUAGCCAAAGAGAUCUGGACACUUCUCUCUAGGAGUAUGGUGGAUCAAUUUAUUUUUUUCUCCCAAUGUCUUGGCAUGUGGAUGAGCUCCAACAUCAAUAUUGGAAAAAGAAAGGGUGUGAAUUGGAGCCUAUAUUUGCUGUUGUAAUUGACAAUUUCUGGGAAGCCCGAAACAACCUUAUUUUCCAAAACAAAAGUACCUAUGCGCAGUGGCUCUGCAAAAUUAUUAGAACUCGGGUGAAGGAAAUUAUCAAGGCCUAUGACACUUUUGGCUUGGGGAAAAGUUUGACCAACCUUGGCAAUAUGGGGUCUGAUCAAAUAAAUAUCAAGUGGAAAAAUCCUCCAAUUGGAACUCACAUAACAAGCUCAAUUGUGAUACAACAACCCGAGUAGGAAAUUAUAAAGCAACUUAUGGGGAAAUCUUCGAAUAUCAUAUAGUAAAAUUUAUUUUUUGCUUAUUCUGAUAAACUUGAGUUUUGCCCCCUUUGUGCAAGUUGAGCUCUGGAUAUUUGGAGCAUUUGUAUAGAGAUAGAGAAUAAACACAAAAACACUUGGAAGUUGGUUUGCUGUUCUUCCUUUUUCAAACCCAUGCUAUGGUUUUGAAAGAAUCAAAUCCUUAUAAACUAACUCACAAGGUAAAAUUAAUUAAUGUAAUCAAUGGAGAAUCCAUUAUGAACUAGCAGAUUCAUUUUUACAGUC